AUGACUUUGAAUCCUCACGUCCAUGAAAAUCUACAAUCCAUCCAAGCGGCAUUAAGUAAUUACGAUACUUCAUUCUUAUCAGACGAUGAAGAAGAAUUCUGCCCCCUGUGUAUUGAACCCAUGGAUAUCACAGAUAAGAAUUUCUUCCCCUGUCCCUGUGGCUAUCAAAUUUGUCAAUUUUGUUAUAAUAAUAUUAGACAAAAUCCUGAACUAAAUGGGAGAUGUCCCGCAUGUCGUCGUAAAUAUGAUGAUGAAAACGUGCGAUAUGUUAGUUUGUCUCCUGAAGAGCUGAAGUUGGAGAGAGCUAAUUUAGCAAGAAAGGAAAGAGAAAGGAAACAACGAGAAAAGGAACGUAAGGAGAAUGAACAUACCAAUAGGAAACAUCUAUCUGGAAUGAGAGUCAUUCAGAAAAACUUAGUAUACGUGGUAGGGAUCAAUCCACCUGUGCCAUAUGAGGAAGUGGCUAAUGUAUUGAGAUCUGAUAAAUAUUUUGGACAAUAUGGUAAGAUUAAUAAAAUUGUCGUUAAUAAGAAAUCUCCGCAUACUGUAGCAUCAUCUGAUCAUUAUCACCAUCAUUCUUCACCAGGGUAUGGUGUUUACAUUACAUUCGCCACAAAGGAUGAUGCAGCCAAAUGUAUUGCUCAAGUGGAUGGAACUUACAUGGACGGACGUCUUAUUAAGGCUGCUUAUGGUACAACCAAAUAUUGUUCAUCAUAUUUGAGAGGUGUUCCCUGUCAAAAUCCAAAUUGUAUGUUCUUGCAUGAACCUGGUGAAGAAGCUGAUUCAUUUAAUAAAAGAGAAUUGCAUAAUAAACAACAAGCACAAUUGGCUCAACAACAACAGCAAGAUGGAAACAUAUAUAAUAAGAAUUCUAUGACUCCUGGUAACCAACCUUCAUCCUUAAUGCGUUCCAAUAGUAAUGCCAGUGCACAUUUUUCAUCUUCAGUUAUCUCACCAGCACCUAUUAAAACACAACUUCAUCAAGAGUUCGCAAAUCAUACUUCGUCAUCUACUCCGGUAUUAACACCAGCAUCAAUUCCUGCAGGAUCCAAUGCAUGGGGUGUUACUCAAACUCCCGUUACUAGUAUUAACCUAUCGAAGAAUAACAGCACUAUACAACUACCAACAUUGAAUGAUACAUUACCACACCAUAAUGAUAUAAAUCCACUAUUGUCCACCGUGAUUACAAAUAACGCCAAUAAUAACAAUGCCACAACCACAAAUAACUCCUCAAAUAAUAAGAAGAAGAACGCUCCAGUGGAAAAGAAUGAUUACGUGGAUCCUUAUGAUGCACUAAACAAUGCUGUUUCAUUCCUGGACGAAAGAAUUGCAUCUCUAUCUAGUUAUGAAAAUAAAACUUUCAAAUUGAAGAAAAAUAAUAUAAUAACGGAAGAAGAAUAUCAUAGAUACCCAUCCUUAUUUUCAUGGGAAAAUAUUGAAACAUCAAAUGAGAGUGAUGGCAAACUAAAAAAUAAAUUAAUAGAAAUUUUGGCAAUUAAACCAAUAGAUCACUCAGCUUCUGUUAUCCAAUUUUUACAAAAUGGAAAUCCUAAUUCCACUAAUACUUCGCCAUCAACUAUAACUGCAAACAUGGAUGAUGCAUUCGAUGCAGCUUCUUCAAACACAGCUUUACAAUCACAAUUACAAUCUGUUCAGCAACAACAACAACUUAAUGUCAAUGCUCCUCCUCCUCCUCCACCAGGUAUGUUUGGUGGCCCUCAACAACCAACACAACAGCAAGAGGGUCAUCUUCAAAUGAAUGAUUCAUCAGCAUCCACCAAUUCAACAGAUUUGUUAAACCAAUUAAUUAGCGGUAGAAGAGUUGUUGCCAGCAACUAA